AUGCUAGACAAACUACCAAAUGAACUCAUAUCAAGUGAACUAUUAAGAUUUUGUGACAAAUCCAGUACACUAAGUCUGACACUGACUUGUAAAAGUCUGAGUCAAGUCACUUCACAACAUUUGUACAAAACAUAUAGACCGGCUCCAACACUGAUAAAUUAUGAUAAUCCAUUAUUUUAUGAUGAAGAUAGAAGAAUGAACUACACAAAAGAUUAUGGGAGAAUUUACAAAGAUUUGAGCUUCACUAAAUCAUCAAGAUUUUGUCAAAGCAUCAAGAUUAGAAAUAAUUAUAGAACACUUAUCAGGAGCUUGCAAGAAAAAGAAAAGCUUUCAUGA